UGACUCUGCAUCAUCGUCGGGCACCAAUGAGAUGCUGAUAGCGGCAGUGGAGGGGCCACAGGUCGCAGUGACAAUCCCACACUCCUCCCCAGCAAACACAGAGCAGGCAGAGGACUCAGAGAGGAAGGGAGGCCUCUGAGAGCAGCCAGCCCCCCCGCCUGCACAGAAGAAGCACAUCUGCAGAACCGAACCAUCAAACUCUCAGAACCAAACCGCAGCGCCGCAGACCGGAGUCAUCAUGAAGCUGAAGCUGAAGCUCCCGAACCCCGGGCUGGAUGAGCGAAUUCCCACCCACAAAGACCUGGAGAGGAUGGAGAAGGAAGAGGCCGGGGACAGACCCAAGUGGGACAACAAGGUCCAGUACCUCCUGACCUGCGUGGGCUUCUGCGUGGGACUGGGGAACGUCUGGAGGUUCCCCUACUUGUGUCAGAGCCAUGGAGGAGGGGCGUUCAUGAUCCCGUUCCUCAUCCUGCUGGUUCUGGAGGGCAUUCCGCUGCUGCACUUGGAGUUUGCCAUCGGUCAGCGUCUGAGGAAAGGCAGCGUGGGGGUCUGGAGGUCCAUUAACCCCUACCUGACUGGAGUCGGGAUUGCAUCUCUGCUUGUGUCCUUCCUGGUGGGCUUGUACUACAACACCAUCAUGGCCUGGAUCAUGUGGUAUCUCUUCAACUCCUUUCAAGACCCUCUGCCAUGGAGCCAGUGUCCUCUUAAUGCAAACAAAACAGGGUUGUUGGAGGAGUGUGAACGCAGCUCCACUGUUGACUACUUCUGGUACAGAGAGACUCUGAACACCUCCACAGCCAUCGAUGAGGCUGGAGGCCUGCAGUGGUGGAUGGUUCUGUCCCUGGUGGUCGCCUGGACUCUGCUCUACGUCUGCUGCAUCCGCGGCAUCGAGACGACUGGAAAGGCCGUGUACAUCACGUCGACUCUGCCGUACGUGGUCCUCACCAUCUUCCUCAUCAGAGGACUGACCCUCAAAGGCUCUACGGAUGGAAUAAAGUACCUCUUCACGCCAGAUGUCAACGAGUUGAUGAAUCCAGCAACCUGGUUGGAUGCUGGGGCUCAGGUUUUCUACUCCUUCUCCCUGGCUUUUGGAGGUCUCAUCUCCUUUUCCAGCUAUAACUCUGUCCACAAUAACUGUGAAAUGGACGCAGUUCUCAUCUCCAUCAUUAAUGGCUGCACGUCCGUCUACUCUGCAACUGUGAUCUACUCCAUCAUCGGCUUCAGGGCAACGGAAAAGUUUGACGAGUGCACCGGAGACAACAUUCUGAAGCUGAUGAACGCCUUCAACUACCCGGAAAACAACAUCACAGAAAACAACUACCACGACGUUCUGGCUCACCUCAACCAGACCAGUCCAGACAUCAUUCAAGGACUGAACCUGCAGACGUGUGACAUGCAGUUCUUCCUGAGCCAGGGCGUUGAGGGCACAGGUUUGGCUUUCAUUGUCUUCACUGAAGCCAUCAUCCGGAUGCCCGUUUCGCCUAUUUGGGCAGUCCUCUUCUUCAUCAUGCUGUUCUGUCUUGGCCUGUCAACCAUGUUUGGUAACAUCGAGGGAGUAGUGGCUCCUUUGCAGGAGCUCAGGGUGUUACCCAAGACUUGGCCUAAAGAGGUCUUUACUGGCAUGACCUGCUUCAUCUCCCUCGGUCUGGGACUCAUAUUUGCCCUCAGAUCAGGAAACUACUGGCUGGCUCUUUUCGAUAACUUUGCAGGUUCCAUUCCUCUGCUGGUUAUAGCACUCUGUGAGAUGAUUUCCGUCAUCUACAUCUACGGUGUAGACAGGUUUAACAAGGACAUUGAGUUUAUGAUCGGCCACAAACCAAAUAUUUUCUGGCAAGUGACGUGGAGGGUGGUUAGCCCCGUCAUCAUGAUCUUCAUCCUUGUUUUCUACUUUGUCACGGAAGUCACAGAGACUCCCACCUAUUUGGUCUGGGACCAGCAGUCGGAGAACUUCCCAGCCCUGGAAGAACGUCCUUACCCCUCCUGGAUCUACGCCAUCAUCGUCAUCCUGGCCGGGAUCCCCUGUUUAUGCAUCCCCUUCUAUGCUCUUUUCAAGUUAAUACAAAACAAAUGUUGCAAGAAGAAAAAGAACAACUACAGAGAUGACACAUUGGACACAGUCACUUCCAAAAUAAAAAUGACCGAGCAAACGUUUUAGACCUGUA